GUACACACCCGGAACUAUAAGCUCUCAUUCUCUCUCUGAUAAUAAAUACCAGUUAGUAGUGGCUAUAUAUCAACAUGCUAAAUCUUUCAUCAAUAAGCACUUAUACUUUUUUGUUCAAUAGAUAUGUAUUAUUGAAAAAUAUUGUAAUAAAAUUGUACUAGUAUUAAAUACUGACUGAUAAAUCAGUACUAAAAGUAAAUUUAUGUAGAAUGUUAUUUGUAUAUUUACAUAUCUGUAUUACAAAAUUUAUUAAUUCUCAAGAGGAAGUUAUACAGAAAAAUCAUUGACGACGUUUAUUUAUAUUUAAUCGUAUAUUUAUGAAUUGUAUUUAAAUUAAAAAUUAUAAAAUUUUCUCUAAUAAUAUGAAUAUGUUAAUGAGAAGCAUAAUCAUCUCGUUAAAUAAAUCACAAGUAAUUAAAAAACAUGCAAGUGUACAACAGACAAUUGUUAACAAUUUUCAUAACAAUAAAAUUUUAUAUAAUAAAGAUAAUCCCGAUAGCGACAUUACACCUUAUCGUUUUAAGGUGCAAAUAAAAGAAAAAAAAACUUUUUUGGAAAUUAUACGUAUAUAUAAAAGGGAUGACCAUGCUAGAAAAGCACAAUUAGAAUUCAUACCAACUGCUUUAAAAUAUAUGGAUGAAUUUAAUGUAAAUGAAGACUUAGAAUCUUACAAGGCAUUAUUUGAUAUAUUUCCAAAAGGAAGAUACAUACCAGAAAAUAAAUUUCAACAUAUGAUGUAUCAUUAUCCAAAACAUCAGGAUACAGCUCUAUUAAUACUUAACAAAAUGGAAAGUAAUUUUGUAAUACCUGAUUAUGAAAUGCAAAAGAUGAUUAAAGAUACUUUUGGUAAAAAUGGUUUAGUUAUGAAAAAAUGUUGUAGCAUGUUUUAUUGGUUACCAAAAUUUUCUCAACUAAACCCUUGGCCACUGCCAACACCUAUACCAACAGAUGCAAAAGUACUUGCCCAAUUUGCAAUAGCAAAAAUGUCAGGCGUAGAUGUACAAGCUAAUGCUACUGUAUAUAGUACAAAGGAUGUACCUGAUGCAAUUGACGAUACAUGGAUUGUAUCUACCAUGAGUCAAUCACAACAAGAACUUCUUGCUGUACAACCAAUUGAUAAAUCAUUAACUGUUGAAGGUCCUUUUGCAGUUUGGGUUGAUAAAUAUUAUAUAGAUUAUUUUGUAUUAAAAGGAGAGACAAUAAAAAGGGAGAUCAUUUAUGAAAAUUGUGAUGAUAUAACUAAAUUGAAAAUUCCAUUUUGGGAAAAGCAUAACUUUAAAAUACCAGUUACUAUUCAUGAACAAGAAGACGGUGUAUAUUAUGCAAUGUGUGCUACAGGUACAUCUUCUAAAGAUUCCCUAUUAUCAUGGAUAAGAUGCUUGCAAAAAACAAAUCCGAUUUUAGAAAAAAUACCAGUAACAUUUAAAUUAAAAUCAAUUACAAAUGAACAAUUAUACAUCAAAAAUGAUAAAAAACCUGAUGUAAAACAAAUAUCUGAGAAUGUGGAUGCAACAGAAAAAUAGUUUAUUAGUUUAUGUAAAUAAAUUCCAACUGUAAAUAAACAUGUUUGUACAAUAACAACUAUAUAAUUUUUAAUAUAAGUUUUCUUCAAAAUGUAUAAUAAAAGAUUAUGUUUUCUUAAA